UUUAUUCUCAAUAAUGAAACAAUUUCUAAUAAUUGCGGCUAUUCUUUUGUUUUUGGUUAGUCUCUCGGUGGAGGAACACUGUAAAAUCUUAAAACUUGAUUGUGAAAAGUAUUGUCAUGAUACUUGUACAAAAGCUAGUGGGGAUAGAGUUGUUUGUGAUUUAGUUAAGUCGAUUUGUGAUAAUAUUGGAUGCUGUCAUCAUGAAACAACUCCAGGUUAG